ACAUGGAAGGCGGCCAGGCGGGCAGAGGCUGGAAGGAUGCGGGCGUGGGGGCGCCGUCCCUCGGGGCGGAGCCGCGGUCUGGGCGGGCAGCGCGGGAGCGGGAGCGUGGUCUCGGCCACGGCCUCCUGGCGGCCGGUGGCAUCCCCUGGCCCAGACAGUCUGACCACAAAGGCGGCUGCGGCCGGGAGCCCCGGGGAGCCGCAGGGGGGGCGGACGGAAGCGGCGACUCUGCGGCUCGCGUCCUGGAAGGGAUGGAGGAGGCCGGGGCCGACUGCGCCCUGGCGUUCGCCGAGGCCCAGAGAUGGGUGGAGGCAGUAACAGAGAAGAAUUUUGAGACAAAGGAUUUUCGAGCUUCUCUAGAGAAUGGUGUUCUGUUGUGUGAUUUGAUUAAUAAACUUAAACCUGGUGUCAUUAAGAAGAUUAAUAGACUGUCCACACCAAUAGCAGGUUUGGAUAAUAUAAACGUUUUUUUGAAAGCUUGUGAACAGAUUGGAUUGAAAGAAGCCCAGCUUUUCCAUCCUGGGGAUCUACAGGAUUUAUCAAACCGAGUCACUGUCAGGCAAGAAGAGACUGAUAGGAGAGUGAAAAAUGUUUUGAUAACAUUGUACUGGUUGGGAAGAAAAGCACAAAGUAACCCCUACUAUAAUGGACCCUAUCUUAAUUUGAAAGCAUUUGAGAAUCUUUUAGGACAAGCUCUGACUAAGGCUCUUGAAGACUCCAGGUGCCUGAAAAGGAGUGGCAGGGACAGUGGUUACGGUGAUAUCUGGUGUGCUGAACGUGGAGAAUUUCCUACUCCUCCAGGCAACCAUAAGAGAGAAGAUUCGUUUGAAAGCUUGGACUCUUUGGGGUCUAGGUCAUUCACAAGCUGCUCCUCUGAUAUCACGCUGAGAGGGGGACGUGAGGGUUGCGAAAGCGACACAGAUUCUGAAUUUCCAUCCAAGAUGCAGGAUUAUAAUAAAGACGAUAUGUCCUAUCGAAGGAUUUCAGCUAUUGAACCAAAAUCUGCUUUACCAUUCAAUCGUUUUUUACCCAACAAAAGUAGACAGCCAUCCUAUGUGCCAGCGCCGUUGAGGAAGAAAAAGCCGGACAAAUACGAGGAUAACAGAAGAAGUUGGGCAAGCCCGGUCUAUACAGAAGCGGAUGGAACAUUUCCAAGUAAUGAGAGGAGAACUUGGGGUACCAAUGUGGAGAAUUGGCCAACAGUACAAGAAACUUCAAACUCCUCUUGUUACUUGGAAGAGAAAGAAGCAAAGACAAGUACACCCAACACUGUAAAGGAUGAUCUUUAUGUACGAAAGCUAAGUCCAAUCAUGCCAAACCCAGGGCAUGCUUUUGAUCAGUUUCUUCCCAAAUGUUGGAUCCCAGAAGAUGUGAACUGGAAAAGAAUAAAAAGAGAAACUUACAAACCAUGGUAUAAAGAAUUUCAGGGAUUCAGUCAGUUUUUAUUACUUCAGGCCCUCCAAACAUAUUCUGAUGACAUCUUGUCUUCUGAAACAAAUACCAAAAUUGAUCCCACUGCCGGCCCCAGGCUCGUAACACGCAGAAAGAAUCUCUUUUCUGCACCAGGGUAUAAAAGAGAUGACCUCGAGAUGUCAACCCUAGACCCUGAUUUAGAGAAUGAUGAUUUCUUUGUCAGAAAGACUGGUGCUUUCCAUGCAAAUCCGUAUGUUCUCCGGGCUUUCGAAGAUCUUAGAAGGUUUUCUGAGCAAGAUGAUCCUGUCGAGCGAGAUAUAAUUCUGCAGUGUAGAGAAGGUGAACUUGUACUUCCGGAUCUAGAAAAAGAUGAUAUGGUUGUUCGCCGACUUCCAGCACAGAAAAAAGAGGUGCCUCUGUCAGGGGCCCCAGACAGAUACCAGCCAGUUCCUUUCCCUGAACCCUGGACUCUUCCUCCAGAAAUUCAAGCCAAGUUUCUGUGUGUACUUGAAAGAACACGCCCAUCCAAAGAAAAAAGAAAGAGCUGUAGAGUGUUAGUGCCUUCCUACCGGCAGAAGAAAGAUGACCUGUUGACUCGCAAGAUCCAGUCCUGGCAGCUGGGGACGACCGUGCCUCCCGUCAGCUUCAUCCCUGGCCCCUGCAGUGAGGCAGACCUGCAGAGGUGGGAAGCCAUCCGGGAGGCCAGCAGACUUAGGCACAAGAAACGGCUCAUGGUCGAGAGACUCUUUCAAAAGAUUUAUGGUGAGAAUGGGAGCAAGUCCAUGAGUGAUGUCAGCGCAGACGAUGUUCAGAACUUGCGUCAGCUGCGUUACGAGGAGAUGCAGAAAAUAAAAUCACAAUUAAAAGAACAAGAUCAGAAAUGGCAAGAUGACCUUGCAAAAUGGAAAGAUCGUCGAAAAAGCUACACUUCAGAUCUGCAGAAGAAAAAAGAAGAGAGGGAAGAAAUUGAAAAGCAGGCACUUGAGAAGUCUGAGAGAAGCUCUAAGACAUUUAAGGAAAUGCUGCAGGACAGGGAAUCCCGAAAUCAAACAUCUGCAGUUGUAUCAAGAAGGAGGUUGCAUUCUUCUGAUGAUAUCUUGCAUGAAGAAAAGCUUUCCCCUAGACUGACCACGUCAGAAGCAAGUUACCAGAGUGAAAGAGUAGAAGAGAAGGAAACAACGUAUUCUGCAGAAGUUCCUAAGCAAGAUUCUACAACUUUUGCAAAAAGAGAGGAUGCUGCAGCAGCUGAAAUUCAGCUUUCUUCUCAGAGCCCCAUGGAAGAACAACACCCAGACGCUUUGUCUUCUCAGCAUUCACCGAGUACACAAACCGAGUCGACUCGAAUUUCAGCCUCUCUCCCCAGAAGUUACCAGAAAACUGAUACAGCCAGGUUAACAUCUGUGGUCACGCCUAGACCUUUUGGCUCUCAGGCAAGGGGAAUCUCAUCACUCCCGAGAUCCUACACGAUGGAUGAUGGCUGGAAGUAUAACGGAGAUGUCGAAUAUGUGAAGAGAACUCAGAGCAGUUUGGUCAGCACCUCUGUGCACAAACCUGACACGAGCCAGCUUGCUACCAGCAAGUCCAGUGAGAGAGAGGGAGUAGCGGUGGGAGAAGGUGUGAUGCAGCUGCCCUCCCCUACCCCCUCCUUCUCAUCGCUUUCCCAGGAAGAGGCUGCCACUUCUAAAGCCACACUGUCUUCACCAUCUGGCCCUGACUUAAUGUCUGAGCUUGGAGAAGGGGGAAGCUCACCACAGACAGAGGUCUCCAGAUCCUCACAGGAUCAGUUCAGUGAUAUGAGAAUCAGCAUACACCAGACGCCUGGGAGCGGUCUUGACUUUGGGUUUACAGUAAAAUGGGUGUUUUCUGGGAUCUUCGUUGCGUCAAUUGAAGCAGGUAGCCCAGCAGAAUUUUCUCAGCUACAGGUAGAUGAUGAAAUUAUUGCUGUUAACAAUACCAAGUUUUCAUAUAAGGACACAAAAGAGUGGGAGGCGACCAUGGCUAAUGCUCAAGAAACUGGAAACCUAGUAAUGGAUAUCAGGCGCUAUGGAAAGUCUGGUUCACCUGAAACAAAGUGGAUUGAUACAACUUCUGGAAUUUACAACUCAGACAAAUCUUCAAAUCUGUCAGUAACGACUGAUUUCUCGGAAAGCCUCCAGCAUUCUAAUACUGAAUCCAAGGAAAUAAAUGGAAUUCGUGAUGAAAGUAAUACUUUUGAAUCAAAAGCAUCUGAACCUAUUUCUUUGAAAAACUUAAAAAGGCGAUCACAAUUUUUUGAACAAGGAAGCUCCGAUUCUGUGGUUCCUGAUCUUCCAGUUCCAACCCUCAGUGCCCCGAGUCGCUGGGCAUGGGAUCAAGAGGAGGAGCGGAAGCGGCAGGAGCGGUGGCAGAAGGAGCAGGACCGCCUUCUGCAGGAAAAAUAUCAACGUGAGCAGGAGAAACUCAGGGAAGAGUGGCAAAGGGCUAAGCAGGAAGCUGAGAGAGAGAAUUACAAGUACUUGAAUGAGGAACUGAUGGUCCUGAACUCAAACAGCAUUUCUCUGACUGCACGGGAGCCUGCCGUUGCCAGCUGGGAAGCCACCUGGGGUGAGGGGUCCAAGUCCUCCGACCGGGAAGGAACCCGAGCAGGAGAAGAGGAGAGGAGCCAGCAGCAAAAGGAGGGUGCGGACGAGGACCAGAGAAAGAAGCUGCAGGAACAACUAACUCUUGAGAAAGAGAGGACACCGGAGGAGCCACAGUAUCAGGAAGGGCAGGAGCAGAAGAGGCAUCCAGCGGAGGCCGAGGAGCGCAAGCACCAGGCAGAGAGAGAGAGGGAAACUUCAGUCAGAAUAUACCAGUAUAGAAGGCCAAUUGAUUCCUAUGAUCUACCAAAGAGAGAGGAAAAAUCCCCAGGGUUGCUUCCUAGUGACAGGAAUAAAUCCAGAUCCACUACUGAACUGGAUGAUUACCCUACAAAUAAAAAUGGAAGCAGUAAAUAUUUAGACCGAAUUGGGAGCACUAGCUCAUCACAGAGGAGCUCCAAGAAGGAACAGGUGCCAUCAGAAGCAGAGUUAGAGAGACAGCAAAUCCUUCAAGAAAUGAGGAAGAGAACAUCUCUUCACAAUGACAACAGCUGGAUCCGACAGCGCAGUUCCAGUGUCAACAAGGAGCCCAUUUGUCUGCCUGGGAUUAUGAGAAGAGGCGAAUCUCUAGAUAACCUGGAUUCCCCAAGAUCCAAUUCCUGGAAACCAUCCCCUUGGCUCAAUCAGUCUUCAGGAGUCCAUGCUUCCUCCUCCGUUCAAGACUUCAGUCGCCCACCACCUCAGCUGGUGUCCACGUCAAACCGUGCCUACAUGCGGAAUCCAUCCUCCAGCGUUCCCCCUCCUUCCACUGGUUCUGUGAAGACCACCACCGCGCCUUCUCCCGCACCAUGCAGCCAUUCUCCUUCAGCAUCACAGCUGGGCUCCCAGCUACGCAACAGGUCAGUCAGUGGGAAGCGCAUGUGCUCCUACUGUAAUAACAUUCUGGGCAAAGGAGCCGCCAUGAUCAUCGAGUCCCUGGGUCUUUGUUAUCAUUUGCAUUGUUUUAAGUGCAUUGCCUGUGAGCGUGACCUCGGAGGCUCCUCCUCAGGAGCUGAAGUCAGAAUCAGAAACCACCAACUGUACUGCAAUGACUGCUAUCUCAGAUACAAAUCUGGACGGCCAACCGCCAUGUGAUGUAAGCCUCCCUGCGAAAGCACUGUUGCAGAUAGAAGAAGAGGUGGUUGCUGCUGAUGUAGAUCUAUAAAUACAUGUUGGAUUUCUUUUGUUCUCUUUUUUAAAAAGGAUAACACUUUUUUUUUUUUUUUGCCUCUCUAGAUUACAACAGAGCAUUAUAGUCUUGGUAGAAUGUGUAUUUUUGUUGUUGUUGUUUAUUUAUAAGAAGGUAAUUCUGUAUGGGGGGAAAAGUGCAGUAUUUACUUUUUGAAGUCAGCAUCUUAAAAAGCACAAGGGAAAAAUAAGAACUUCAAAGUAUUUUUGGCGCUGAUAAUGAUCUAGUUUGACUUUCUAGUGGUGUUUUGAAGAGGGUUAUUUUAUUGUUUCUUUUUUAAAAAGGUUCUGAAACAUUAUUUGAAAUAGUUAAUAUAAAUAUAUGAUUGCAUUUGCUGUUUAUUGUAAUGUAUACUAAAUUAAUACAGAACCGUAUAGAAAAUGUCACUAAAAUCUACCCACAAAUUUGCCUUCUGUAUCCUUCUUUUCAUCUAUGUAAUAUUGUGCUUUUUUUUUUUAAGAAAAACUUUUAGCAUACGUGACAUUUUAUUUGCUUGAUGAAGAGAUCUCUAUUUUCUUCAGAAUUGUCGCUAAGCAGUUCUCAAUAGAAAGCUGCUGUUUUUCAUUAAUACAAAAUCAUCAGGGUUUGUAUACCAAAAGUUUUCUCCAGGAACUAACAAGCCUUUCUGUUCAUUGCAUUUGUAAAUAAACUUGCUGUUGCAUUAA